UGCGUCGAGAUCCUGUCAAACCACUAUACUGCGAUUUUCACGCACCAGAACUUUUACACUCUUUCUUGAGGACUAUUUUAUCAAACUGGACAUCUUAUUUAAUUAUUUGCAUUGACACAGCAGCAGGACUUGAGAAAUCACUCUACAGCUGUUGGUUGCGUUCCUGCCUUUUUCAAGACAUUUAUGAAGUAAAAAGGAUAUUGUAUUGGACAUGUGAAAUACAGGGGCAACUUCAAACAUGAAGCUGGUGUCUACUCUCUGUUGUCUCGGCUUUCUUCUCACUUCAGUGGCGGUCCGUCUUAGCAACUCGCAGCAAGUAUGCACUGGCACAGAGAACAAACUGAGCACCCUGUCAGACCUCGACCAGCAGUAUCGGACCCUUCGCAAAUACUACGAGAACUGCGAGGUUGUUAUGGGUAACCUUGAGAUCACCAGCAUCGAUCGCAGCCGUGACCUGUCCUUUCUCAGGUCUAUUCGUGAGGUGACCGGCUAUGUGCUUGUUGCGCUAAAUCAGUUUGAAUAUCUGCCUUUGGAAAAUCUUCGCAUCAUCCGAGGCACCAGACUGUACGAAGACCGAUAUGCUCUGGCCAUUUUCCUUAACUACCGGAGAGAUGGCAACUUUGGUCUCCGUCAACUUGGCCUUAAGAAUCUUACAGAAAUUCUGAAUGGAGGGGUGUACGUGGACCAGAACAAGUUCCUGUGCCAUGCUGAUACCAUCCACUGGCAGGACAUUGUGAAAUACACCCGCCCUGAUCACCUGGUUGUGCCGUCAAAUAGCAGCAACUCCUGUCAAAGGUGUCAUAGAGCAUGUAAUGGACGGUGCUGGGGGCCAAAGGAGGACCAAUGUCAGACCUUGACAAAGACGGUGUGUGCUGAGCAGUGUGAUGGCCGCUGCUUUGGACCGUAUGUCAGUGAUUGCUGUCAUCGCGAAUGUGCUGGAGGCUGUUCAGGCCCGAAGGACACGGACUGCUUUGCCUGCACUAACUUCAAUGACAGUGGUGCAUGUGUGACGCAGUGCCCACAGCCGUUUGUCUACAACCCCACCACAUUCCAGCUGGAGCACAAUCCACGGGCCAAAUACACCUAUGGAGCAUUCUGCGUCAAAAAGUGCCCACAUAACUUUGUGGUGGACCACAGCUCCUGUGUCAGAGCCUGUCCCAGCAACAAGAUGGAGGUCGAGGAGAAUAAAAUCAAGAUGUGCAUCCCCUGCACCGACAUCUGCCCUAAAGCAUGUGAUGGGAUCGGCACUGCCAGCCUUCAGACGGCUCAAACCGUUGACUCCAGCAACAUCGACAGGUUCAUCAACUGUACCAAGAUCAAUGGCAACCUGGUGUUCCUAAUUACGGGUAUUAAAGGGGAUGUAUAUCACAACAUAGAGCCCUUGGAUCCAGAGAAACUCAAUGUGUUCCGCACUGUUCGAGAGGUCACUGGUUAUCUUAACAUUCAGUCCUGGCCAGAGAACAUGACUGAUCUGAGUGUCUUCUCCAAUCUGGCUACCAUUGGAGGCAGGUCUCUUUACAGUGGCAUUUCUCUUCUGGUACUGAAGCAACAGUGGAUUUCAUCGCUUCAGCUGCAGUCUCUCAAUGAGAUCAGUGCAGGAAAUGUGUACGUCACCAACAACAGCCAGCUCUGCUACUACAACACUGUCAACUGGACAGGACUCUUCCGUACCAACACGCAGAAGGUCCUGAUACGCAAUAACCGAGACCCAAAGGAGUGCAUUUUGGACCAGAUGAUCUGUGACCCACUGUGUUCUGAUGCCGGCUGCUGGGGUCCAGGGCCCGACCAGUGCCUGUCCUGUCGCUUCUUCAGCAGGGGACGCACCUGUGUUGAAUCUUGCAACCUACAUGAAGGGGACGUGCGUGAGUUUGCAAAUGGCUCAGUGUGCCUGGAGUGUGAUGCACAGUGUGAAGUGGUGGAAGAUGACAGGCUAACCUGCACUGGGCCGGGCCCUGAUCACUGUGUUAAAUGUCUUCACUUUAAAGAUGGGCCCAACUGUGUCGAGAAAUGCCCUGAUGGUCUACAGGGAGCAAACAGCUUCAUCUUCAAAUAUGCUGAGGCUAACAAUGAGUGUCACCCCUGCCAUGUCAACUGCACCCAGGGGUGCACAGGGCCCAGUCUGCAAGACUGCAUUGGCAUAAUGGACAGGACUCCUCUCAUUGCAGCUGGAGUUAUCGGUGGAUUGUUUGUGGUGAUUAUUGUGGGAUUGGGUAUUGCUGUAUCAGUGAGGAGAAAGAGCAUCAAGAAGAAGAGGGCCUUGAGACGCUUCCUUGAAACUGAGUUGGUGGAGCCUCUGACACCCAGUGGUGCUGCUCCUAACCAGGCCCAGCUGCGCAUUCUGAAAGAGACCGAGCUAAAAAGAGUAAAGAUCCUGGGAGCUGGGGCCUUCGGUACUGUCUACAAGGGCAUCUGGGUACCCGAGGGUGAGACUGUGAAGAUUCCUGUGGCCAUAAAGAUCUUGAACGAGGCUACGGGCCCCAAAGCUAACGUAGAGUUCAUGGAUGAGGCUCUGAUCAUGGCCAGCAUGGAACAUUCUCACCUGGUCCGUCUGUUGGGCGUGUGUCUUAGCCCCACCAUCCAGCUAGUCACCCAGCUCAUGCCCCAUGGCUGUCUGCUGGACUACGUGCAUGAGCACAAGGACAACAUUGGCUCCCAGUUGCUGCUCAACUGGUGUGUUCAGAUUGCCAAGGGUAUGAUGUACUUAGAAGAGAGGAGACUUGUGCAUAGGGAUCUGGCUGCUCGGAACGUCCUGGUGAAGUCACCCAACCACAUAAAAAUCACAGACUUUGGUCUGGCUCGCCUUCUGGAUGCAGAUGAGAAGGAAUACAACGCAGAUGGAGGAAAGAUGCCUAUAAAGUGGAUGGCCUUGGAAUGCAUUCACUACAGAAAGUUCACCCACCAGAGCGACGUAUGGAGUUAUGGAGUGACUAUCUGGGAGUUGAUGACAUUUGGAGGGAAGCCAUAUGAUGGGAUUUCUACACGAGAGAUCCCUGACCUCCUGGAAAAAGGAGAGAGGCUUCCUCAACCUCCAAUCUGCACUAUUGACGUCUACAUGGUCAUGGUCAAAUGCUGGAUGAUAGAUGCAGACAGCAGACCCAGGUUUAAAGAGCUUGCAGCAGAGUUCUGCCGAAUGGCAAGAGACCCACAACGUUACCUAGUCAUCCAGGGGGAUGAUCGCAUGAAGCUGCCCAGCCCCAAUGACAGUAAGUUCUUCCAGAGUCUGCUUGAUGAGGAGGAGCUAGAAGAUCUGAUGGAUGCUGAGGAGUAUCUGGUGCCACAGGCUUUCAAUAUUCCUCCUCUGGCAUACACAACCAGAUCACGCAUGGAUCCCAACAGAAAUCAGUUUGCCUACCAGGAUGGUAGUUUUGGCAUGGAAGAGAUUAUGGCCACUAUCCCAAGGGUCGUAGCUGUGUCCGCAGUCAGCCCAGCUUGUUCCACUCAGAAGCAAUCUAUGGCCCAGCAGGGGGCCUCAGGGCCCUCAGAGGCAUUUGAAGGCAGCCGCUGUAAUGGUACUCUCAGGAAGAAGGCUUCUCCCAGGAUGAGCACCGGAGAAGACAGUAGUGGCCAGCGGUACAGUGCAGAUCCAACUGUGAUACUGUCUGAACGUGGAGCCAGAGCUGAAACUGACCAGGAUGGAUACAUGAGCGCUAUGCAGGACAAAAUGCCCUCAGAUUAUCUUAACCCUGUUGAGGAGAAUCCCUUCGUUGCCCGUCACAGAAAUGGCGAGGUCCACACUAUAGAACGAGGUUACCACAGCGCCUCCAAUGGCCAGCCCAAAGUGGAGGAUGAGUAUGUCAACGAUCCACUUUACCUCAACACCUUCCAUAACUCUGGGGAUAAGACUCACGAUCUCCUGAAGAAGAAUGGAGUUCCCGUGGCUCAAACGCCCAAAAAGAUAUUUGACAAUCCUGAGUACUGGCAGCACAGUCUUCCCCCCAAGGCCACUCUCCAAAGCCCUGAAUAUCUGCAGGACUGCAGCACACGCUUCUUCUACCGGCAGAACGGUCGGAUCCGACCGGCGGUGGCUGAGAACCAGGAGUACCUGUCAGAAUACGAGCUAAAACCAGGCACUGUUUUGCCACCGCCUCCCUACCGCCAGAGGAACACUGUUGUGUAGCAACAGAUAACAAUGGAAGCAAGAGACAAAGAGGAACAGAGAGAGAGAGAAACCGUCUCAGUCAUACUGUGCUUUCACCCUGGCUCUCACACCAGCAUCCCGGUCUCCUCUCCUCGAUGAACUAGAUUUAACACCUCCAAUGACCUGGAACUGAUCCACUCGAGUGAGCUUCUCCUCCAAAGUCACUGGUCAUAGAUGACCACAUCAGUCAAAACUCUUACCUGCUUGUCUCUGAGCACCAUUAAGACCCCUUACGUCACCCCAACCCUUUGGAAAGCUCUAAAGUGAUACUCUUCCCAUCAUAUGGUAGAUGUUACAGUCACCUCAUUGUAAGGAAGUGCUGACUUCAAAUAAGCAUUGAUUUGGUACACACAAGAGGUACCUGUGUUUAGGUACCAAUGCCAAUGCCCAAUAUAAUCUAUAACAAGC